AGCAGGUGGAGCUUACAAAGGAUGAAGCACUGAAGCUGGCAUAACAACAAAACAUGGCUCCUCUGACUCCCAGGCUUGUGGUGCCCGUCGAUGUGAAGAAGACGCCAUGGGAGCAGGAGGUUCAACUCCACAACCGCUGGCAUCCGGACAUCCCUCCCGUCGCCGAUGUGACCGAGGGGGAGUUGUUCCGUGUUGAGAUGGUCGAUUGGACCGGAGGACAGGUCAGAGACGAUGACUCCGCAGAUGACAUCAAAUCUCUGGAUCUCACCACUCCUCACUAUCUCAGUGGCCCACUUAGGGUAGUUGAUGCUGAGGGGGUUCCAGCUUCACCCGGCGAUCUUCUCGCGGUGGAGAUCUGCAACCUCGGCCCGCUUCCCGGCGAUGAGUGGGGUUAUACCGGCAUAUUCGAAAGGGAGAAUGGGGGCGGGUUCUUGACCGACCACUUCCCAAGUGCAAGAAAAGCCAUUUGGUAUUUCGAAGGGAUUUACGCACACUCCCCUCAGAUACCAGGUGUUCGGUUUCCGGGGUUAACUCAUCCUGGUAUAGUGGGAACUGCACCGUCGGCCGAGCUUCUCAAUAUAUGGAACCAAAGGGAAAGGGAAUUGGUCGAUACGGGCCACGAGUCUCUGAAACUGUGUGAAGUUCUACACCAGAGACCCCUUGCUAACUUACCAACCUCCCACAGCUGCUUACUUGGGAAGAUCCAAGAAGGGACUCCUGAGUGGCAAAGGAUUGCAAAUGAAGCAGCAAGGACCAUUCCUGGAAGAGAGAAUGGGGGAAACUGUGACAUAAAGAAUCUAAGCAGAGGCUCCAAAGUUUAUCUGCCAGUAUUUGUUGAAGGAGCAAAUUUGAGUACCGGUGAUAUGCACUUCUCCCAAGGUGAUGGUGAAGUCUCAUUUUGCGGAGCGAUAGAAAUGAGUGGAUUCCUUGAGCUAAAGUGUGAGAUCAUAAGAGGUGGCAUGAAGGAGUACUUGACUCCUGUUGGUCCAACAGCACUUCAUGUGAACCCUAUCUUCGAGAUAGGCCCGGUGGAGCCGCGCUUCUCGGAAUGGUUAGUCUUCGAGGGCAUCAGCGUCGAUGAGUCGGGGAAGCAGCAUUUCCUUGACGCAUCAGUUGCCUACAAGCGUGCAGUUCUCAAUGCCAUUGAAUACCUUUCCAAGUUUGGGUACUCCAAGGAGCAGGCCUAUCUUUUGUUGUCAUGUUGUCCAUGUGAGGGUAGGAUAUCUGGAAUAGUAGAUGCCCCUAACGCAGUGGCGACACUUGCCAUCCCGACAGCGAUAUCCGACCAGGAUAUAAGGCCAAAACGCCUGGGGCAUGGACCAAAACUGAGGAGACUUCCGGAUGUUCUGAGAUGAACAUACAGUGGACCAUAUAUGCAGUGGAGCACAAGACCAAAGCGGUACAAGGACACCAUGGCAUCAAUCAAACGUCUAAAAAUAAUGCGCGAUCAUGUUUACACAAUCUCUUAUAAUAAAUCUGAGUAACCAUCUUUAUUAUUUCAACCAUCAUUUAUGUAUGUGUGACCCUGAAUGUGGACCAGUAGUUGUAAUGCCGUAUUGUCUAUUGAGUUCUCUCUUGUCUAUAUUGCUGCAAAGUUUUGUGAUGUAGGUGAUGCAAGCAUUUUGCUUGUUAUUACUAUUGAAAUUAUGCAACUCUCCAAAGAAAUUA